CUAAAACAACAAACAAGUUACAAAUCUGUAUACUGCCUGCCACUACCCAAGUCUCUAAGUGGUUUAGAACAAUAAAACAAAGCAAUGACUGCGGAGAAACUGCGGAGCCAAUGACAGGAGGCAAAGCCGCAGAGCCUUUCUUUCUUUCCCCUCGUCCUCUUCCCUCCCAUGUGAUUGGAUCCAUUCCAGACUGAAAUCCGGGCAAACCGGGCGGCACAUUUAAAAUCUGGGUAAAUCCAGGUGGAAUUUAGCAGCCGGGUGGAGGAGCCAAAAUCCGGGGGCUACCAUAAAUUCCAGGGGAUAUGGCAAGGCUACACACACACACAAAUAUGCUAAAUGGAGGAGAACUCAGCUCGAAUUUGACAGGAUGGAGCAUGUGACCCAUUUGAGGGCUUACGCGGAGGCAGUGCAUACGGCAAAAAAGAAGUUCUGGUUGGUUCGCAUUGCUUCUGCAGAUUCAUGUUCGGCGGAGUUAUCCCAGGUAGUGAAGAGUCUAAUUUCUACUUCUCCUGUUUCUAAUCAGCUCCCGGAGGUGCUCUGUUGUGAUGCCCUCAGUGAGUUCUUUGCGGACAAAAUCUGUAUUCGGGCCAACUUGGAUUCCACUUUUUCUGCAGGGUCUACAAAAGAGGUGUCUAGCAAUCCUUCUUGCAGUAUUAGGUUGGAUCAGUUUCAAUCUGUGAUUCCUGAGGAUGUGGACAAGCUGCUUGGAGCGGUGUGGUCCACCACUUGUUCUCUGGACCCUUGCCCGACUUGGCUGCUUCGAUCUAGCAGGGAGAUUAUUCGAGGAGGCCUGGUGAAUAUCAUAAAUGCAUUGCUGAGGGAGGGUAAGGUGCCUCCAUGCUUGAAGGAGGCAAUAACUAGACCAUUUCUUAAUAAGCCUUCCCUAGAUCCCUCGGCGAUGGGUAAUUAUAGGCCAAUCUCUAAUCUCCCUUGGUUGGGCAAGGUGAUCGAGAGGGUGGUGGCCGACCAGCUCCAGCCAAGUUUGGAGGAAACUGAUUAUCUAGACCAGGCCUGCUCAACUUCGGCCCUCCUGCAGAUGUUGGCUUACAACUCCCAUAAUCCCUGGCUAUUGGCCCCUGUGGCUGGGGCUUAUGGGAGCUGUAGUCCAAAAACAGCUGGGGGGCCUAAGUUGAGCAGGCCUGAUCUAGACCCAUUUCAAACUGGCUUUAGAGCGGGCUAUGGGGUUGAGACAGCCUUGGUCGGCCUGAUGGAUGACUUAUACCAGGGAAUCGGCAGAGGGAGUGUGACUCUGUUGGUUCUCUUGGAUCUCUUGGUGGCGUUCGAUACCAUCAACCAUGGUAUCCUUCCGGGUCGCCUGGUGGAGUUGGGGAUAAGAGGCACUGCUCUGCAGUGA